UUCGACGGAAAAGGGCGAAGAAAUCCGAUUGAUAUGGCGCCAAAGUGCAAAAUAUUGGAGGGAAAAACACACAAAGAUGACGGAGGUGGAAACAUGCAGUGAUCACGGCGAUCAAGUUAAUGGAAUAAAAAAUGUGGAUUUUAAAGAAAAAAGACACGACGAGGAACUAUAUUUAGAAGCCGUGCAGCGUGUGAUUGACCACGGGCAUAGAAAAAGCAACAGAACUGGCAUCGAUACUUUAUCUAUCUUCGGAAUGCAAAUGAGAUACAAUUUACGAGAUUCUUUCCCGCUGCUUACAACGAAGCGAGUAUUCUGGCGAGGCGUGGCUGAGGAACUGCUGUGGUUUGUCGAGGGCUGUACAAACGGCAAGAAACUCAGCGAGAAAGGCAUCCACAUCUGGGACGCCAACGGCUCGCGGGAGUUUCUGGACAAUCUGGGUCUGACCCACAGAGAGGAGGGGGACCUGGGUCCAGUUUACGGCUUCCAGUGGCGACACUUCGGGGCGGAGUACAAAGACAUGCACGCUGACUACACUGGUCAAGGAGUGGAUCAACUGAAAGAGGUGAUUGACAAAAUAAAGAACAACCCAGAUGAUAGGCGGAUCAUCAUGUCAGCUUGGAACCCAUGUGACCUAAAGAAAAUGGCCCUCCCUCCCUGCCACGCCUUCGUCCAGUUCUACGUGUGUGAUGGUGAGCUCUCCUGCCAGCUGUACCAGCGAUCGGGCGACAUCGGUCUGGGCGUACCGUUUAACAUUGCCAGCUACUCCUUACUGACCUACAUGAUCGCCCACAUCACAGGACUUAAGCCUGGCGAUUUUGUCCACACCCUGGGCGACGCCCAUGUGUAUGUCAAUCACCUGGAGCCUUUAAAAGUUCAGCUUCAGAGGAAACCCAGACCGUUUCCCAAGUUAGUGAUCAAGAGACAGGUAGAAGACAUUGAUGAUUUUAAGUUCGAGGACUUUGAGAUUGUAGGGUAUAAUCCUCACCCUAAAAUAGCCAUGGAAAUGGCUGUGUAAUGAUAGAAGACAUUCUUAUUACAGUUCAGUAGAUUUUGUAUUUUUUGAUAAUUGAAGCAUAAUUAUUUUUAUUCCCACCAAUGCUGUGUUCAGUGACUGAUAUUAAUGAUAGAAGGCAUUCUUAUUAAAGUUCAGUAGAUUUUGUAUUUUUUGAAGCGUAAUUAUUUUUAUUCCCACCAAUGCUGUGUUCAGUGACUGAUAUUAAUGAUAGAAGACAUUCUUAUUAAAGUUCAGUAGAUUUUGUAUUUUUUGAAGCGUAAUUAUUUUUGUUUCCACCAAUGCUGUGUUCAAUGACUGAUAUUAAGAUCAAAUUGUCUUCCGUUCAAAAGUGUAACAAGAAUGUUUUGAAGUGUACUUUGUUUUAUUUAUUCUGUUUCGAUAUGUGUGUAUCACUGACACUUACACUGCCAAAUUAAAGAAGUAUGUAUUACAUGGUAUUGAUAGAGUACUUAUCACAAGGCAUUUGUUAUGGAAUAAAAUAUA